UUGUUGGUGAACCUGUUGCAAUGUUUGUUACUGCUGUCAGUCAUUUUGUCUUAAGUCGCGAGUGUCAAUGGAACACGUUAUCUUUAUUUUGUAACAAUGUUUUUGAAUAACUCAUAAUCUUAAGUUUAAACUUUAUUUGUAGUGUAACUCUAGAUUUAAGGAACUGAAAGGUAACAAUGUGGUCGUCACAAACACAGGUCAAUAAUAUUCAAAACAAUAAGGAGAAUCAUGCCCAAAAAUUGUCAACCCUGGGCAUGACCUCGGCAAUUUCCACAGCCCAUCCAAAACCAUCGGAUAUUGCCAAGACUGGGGAGCUAGAGGAAGCUUUGAAACCCUUUGAUGUAUUUGAAUCCGAACAGGAACUAAACCAACGAAUGAUUAUAUUAGGGAAAUUGUACUGUCUUGUAAAGCAAUGGAUUAAAGACUUGUCUAUUUCUAGAAAUAUGCCUGAGAAUGUUGCUGAAAAUGUGGGAGGAAAAAUCUACACUUUUGGAAGUUAUCGUUUGGGAGUGCAUAAUAAAGGUGCUGAUAUUGAUGCUCUCUGUGUGGCACCUCGGCAUAUUUACAGAACUGAUUUUUUUGGUUCCUUUUAUGAGUUGUUAAAGCAGCAACCUGAAGUUUCAGAUUUAAGGGCUGUAGAAGAGGCGUUUGUCCCUGUAAUAAAAAUGAAUUUUGAUGGAAUAGAAAUUGAUAUGUUAUUUGCCAGGUUGUCUCUGAAAGAGAUACCCGAUUCUAUGGAUCUCAAAGAUGAUAUAUUGUUGAAAAAUUUGGAUGAAAAGUGCGUGAGAAGCCUGAACGGUUGCAGGGUUACAGAUGAAAUACUUAGAUUAGUUCCGAACAUUGAUAGCUUUAGAUUAGCUUUAAGAACCAUCAAAUUAUGGGCCAAACGGCAUGGCAUUUACAGUAAUGUUUUGGGUUAUUUGGGUGGUGUUUCUUGGGCUAUGCUUGUAGCAAGAACUUGUCAGUUGUAUCCAAAUGCAGCAGCGGCCACAUUAGUUCAUAAGUUCUUCUUAAUUUUUUCCAAAUGGAAAUGGCCACAGCCUGUUUUACUUAAGCAACCAUCCAGUGUAAAUUUGGGAUUUGGAGUUUGGGAUCCAAGGGUAAACGCUCAAGACAGAUACCACCUGAUGCCGAUCAUAACCCCGGCGUACCCGCAGCAAAAUUCCACGUUCAACGUGUCGAUGUCCACGCGGACCGUUAUGAUGGAGGAACUGAAACACGGGCUGUCUCUCACCGACGAAAUAAUCGCAGGCAAGCAGACGUGGGACAAGCUGUUCGAGCCGCCGCAAUUUUUCAUCAAGUACCGCCAUUUUAUCGUCUUGUUGGUGAGCGCUGAAUCGCCCGAAGACCAUCUGGAGUGGUGCGGACUGGUCGAGAGCAAAGUCAGACUGUUAAUAGGGAAUCUUGAGCGUAAUCCCUACAUAAAUUUGGCGCACAUCAACCCCGAAUGUUUCCAACAAUUGGAGACGCAACGCGAACCGAACAUGCAGUGCGCAAUGUGGUUUAUAGGGUUGGAGUUUGCGAAAGUUGAAAAUUUAAACGUCAAUCUCACGCAGGACAUUCAAUUUUUCACGAAAACCGUCAAUAAGCACGCCGUUAACAUCAGCAUGUACAAGGAGAGCAUGAAACUGGAAGCAAGGUAUGUUAAAAGGAAGCAACUGUCGCAAUAUUUGGCGCCCAGUUUCACGAAAAGGGAAAGGAAAGCCAGCAUUGGUAAAAACGUUAAUGGUACGCUGGAGAGCCGAAAGAGGCAGUCGUCGGAAUCGGGCUUGAUUGAGCCUGAAACGCCCGUUAAAAAAUCCAGAUUAUCGGAGGAUCUUAGCAGAACAUCGUUCGACGAGAGUUCCAACCAGUCUACGAACGUGACCUGUCAAAACGACGACUCCAACAGCAACUUGAGCUUGAACGAGGAAUCGCACACGUCGUCGCUGCCAGCGCCCCCUGUCUUGGACGCGAGCAACGUGGCGCCCGCCCAGACCUCCCCGCCCCCGCCAGAGGCGGUCUGCACUUGAUACGCCGCGCCCGGAUCGUCCUGCAGUCGACGUUAAAAAACAAGAUAAAACGUCCGAGGUGUACAGCACAGUCGAGUGUCACGUACGUAUUAAACAAAUAAUUCC